AUGAAGCUCUAUCACUAUACAGACGAGGAAGGGUAUCUUGGCAUCCAACGAGAUGGAUUCAUCCGUCCAUCUCAUGGCGGGAGACGAGGCAGAGGGGUGUAUCUGACAGAUUUGGAUCCAAGUGAUCGGGAAAUGGUUGCGAAAAAUAACUAUGGAGGAGGCGCUGCUAAAUACAGAAGCAAAGCGGACCACUUUGUUGCAGUAAAUCUCCCAACCAGCGAUCUCGCCUUGGAAAAGUUUGAGGAACAUAAAUGGGUGUACAAGGCAGCGAUCGACGGUUCUUCUGUUGAUUGGUCAGAGGGUGGCCAUGUAUCAAAUUUUGCGGCUGUUGCUAUCAUUGGUGCUGCUGGGGCCGCUGUUGCUGGGGCUGCCAUGUUAUACAACCACUAUCAGCAACGUCGCGAGGCGGAGGCUCCCGCACUGGCAAUCAGGCAAACCAUAGCGGAAAGCAAUCAAAGGGAAAGGACACUUGCCAUGCUAGGAGGAGCACAGAAAGAUCUCAAAGUCGACGAUCGUUACAUCCUAGAGCAUUGUGAGCCUUCUGAGUGUAUCUUGUCCUCCAGAGAUGUAGAAAAUGACAUUGAAAAGUACCUGAUGGGAUAUCGCCGCAGACAAAUACCCGGAUACUUUAUCUUUGCAUUCUUAUUUCGCCUUUUCUGUAUCACCGAAGGUCUCUCCUCCUCUCUUGGAUCAGACAAGCUUAAGCAAAUCAUCAAAGAAAGUGAUUGCGAUGUGUUCGUUAAAAAGGAAAACGAAGAAAAAGGAUUCUGGAAUGGACUGUGCUCCUGGGUAUGUGGGCCUGAUCCUACUUAUCCAGUUGACUACUCUGAAGUUGAUUACUCGAUUCAGAUUGAAAGAAAAUGCUUUGGUAUUUUCGCUGUUGCAACAUUUGUACUUCCUCUUGCCCAUUCCCCAGGAAUGGUGAGAAAGCACUAUUGGAUUCAGUAUCCAUUCGAUACAACUUGGUACGCAGUUUUGCUGUUUCAUUGCAGUAAGGAGGUAUAG